AUGAAAUCUGUUCCAUACGUAUGUUAUGGUAAUUGUUUGUACAUUGAGUCUAAAAUAGCUAAUGUCACAGGCAUUUCAGGAGUUAAUAGUAAAGGUUCAGUAGAAUAUAAGUCUUUCUGUUAUGAAGUAAAUUCAAUGUUCAUUCCAAACGUUCCUGUCAUAGCAACUCAUUUAGGUAAAUGGGUUCGCAUUAGUCCUCAUAAUUUGAAAGACAUGCAAUUCAGACUUGUUGACUUUCAAGGAGAGCCUGUAGAACUGAAGGCACCAGUGCGAAUGACUGUUGAAGUUGACUUUUUAGAAAAUAUUAAAUGCAACAGCUUACAAGAGAACUCAGAGCUAAAAAUAUAA